AUGGAGUCUCUUCCCUCAGAUAUGAUACAAGCUAUCGUUUCUCGGGUUCCAGCUGAAUCGGUCUUACAGUGCAAAUUAGUCUGUAGGAAAUGGGUAACUCUCAUUCGGGAAAGUAACUUCGCUAAAAUGCACCUCGGUCACCAACUUAACCAUCUCCAAGGUGGCGACGAUGGCAAUGAUAAUCUAGCCGCUAAGAUGGAGCCAUGUCUCUUUUUUGCUGGUCGCACCAACGAUCCCAUUGUAUACAAAACUUUACUUUUCCAUGGAGGACAACCAAGUGACAAGAUUAGCGUUGAUGAGAAAUACGUUUACAACCAAAAUCUGAAAAGGAUCUAUCAUCCUCCUAUGCACGAGGAGCCUAUGUGUCGUCACUUAGUUGGCUCCUCCAAUGGUUUGGUUUGUACAUUUCAAAUCCACCAUUCAAUUAUAGAUCCCAUCUAUAUUGGAAAUCCCCUUACCAGAGAAUAUGUUUAUCUUCCUCAACUAGUUGUACAGAAAGAAGACGUUGAUCCUGUGCUUAUAGAGGAAGGAAAGGUCGACAUGUAUGGUCGUAUAGCAUGUGGAUUUGGGUAUGUAAGGUCAACCAAUGAGUACAAGGUUGUUAGAAUCCACUACCUCGAUGGUAAGGAAGGAAAUGUCCAAGUGUACACACUUGGCAGUGGUUGUGGGUGGAGAGCGAUUGGUAAAGUUCCCUAUGCACUGGCAACAAUGAGUGGGGGUAUUGGUACCUAUGCCAAUGAAGCUAUCUAUUGGACUUGCCGCAACUUCGUUGUGGCCUUUGAUUUGGAUGAUGAGGAGUUUCGAAAGCAAUCUGCCCCUCCUCGUAUGGAAAAGCGUGGGAAGGGAGAUAGAUGUGGAAUUGUGGGACUGGGAAGCCAUUUGUGUGUUUAUAUCGAUAAUAAAUUACGUGUAGAAAUCUGGUCGUUGAUGAGAAGUAGCGACUCAAAGGAGACCUGGCGUAAGGAGUUUGAUAUAGAUUAUGAAUCCGUAGUAGGUACUCGUACAAGGAAGUUGCAGCCUGUUUUACUUACAAUAAAGGGAGAAAUCAUAUUAUUAUUUGCUGAAUCUGUGCUAUAUUGUUAUGACCCGAAGACAACAGUUUUGAAGAUGAUUUCCAACCAAGCAUCAGCGGACUGUUUGGAAGCUGUUGAAGCAAUUAGUCACGUAAAUACAUUUGCAUCUUUGGAAGCUAUGGGCGAAAAAUCAAAGAAGUACACGGUUCGACCAUGCGGAGUUCGUACUCCAUUGGAUAAUGUUAUUGAUGAUAUAGGUCGAGGUUCUCUGGAUGAGGAGAUUGAUACGAAAUAUUUCAGACUCGGGUCAUAA